CGAUUAUCGCAAUUUCUCGUUUUAUGCUAUAUUAAAAUUACCACUAAAACAGUGGUUUCUCAAUUCAAAUGGAAUACUAUUUCAACCAUUGACUCAUAAUGUAUGAAUAUUCAUAGGUAAAAUAACUUACGGGAGAAUGGUAACUUUCCAAACAUAUGAAAAAACGGCAUCUUGGGGGUUCUUGUUGUCGUUAAGGAAAUUGUUUUGAUCUGUUGGAGCUCGUUUUGGUUCAUGUAACUGAUUACUACUCGUAUAUUUGAUAAAAUAUUGCCAACUGCGCAAAGUAAUUUGAAAAUAUGAGUGAAGAAGCGAUAGCGAAACCAGAAGAACCGCAAAUAGAAAAUACCUACACGAUACGACCCAAUUUUCUGUACAAAUUCCGUCCAGCAGAUGUAAAAGAAACCAUUCAUGUUGUUCUCAAUGAAAUGUUAGGAGAUAGACAAUAUGAUGCAGAGGAAACAACAACUUGGUGUAAAAAUAUAUCAGAUGAAAUCAAAGACAGGCUUAAAGAAAAAGGAAUGGACAGAUAUAAAUUUUUAGUACAAGUUGUUAUAGGUGAACAAAGAGGGGAAGGAGUCAAAAUGGCAUGUAGGUGUUUCUGGGAUUCUGAUACAGAUAAUUAUGCACAAGAUAUUUAUAUGAAUGAUUCCUUAUUUUGUGUGGCUGCUGCUUUCGGUGUUUACUACUACUAAAUGGUCUAUUGUGCUGUACAUCCAUCCAUUGUAAAUAUCUAACAACAUUGUGUUUUUGUAACCACUCCCCAUCAUAUUACCUGGUGUAUAAAACUAAACUGUUCCUUUAGUUUUACUAGGUUACAAAGUAAUCUUGUUUUCAAUCUAUACACUGGGUUACAUUUUUACAAUGCUAUAAGUUUAACUUUGUGCACAUGUUUAUGUGUAAUCACCAUGCUGCCCAUGUGCAGGCUAAAAUUCUUGUGGUCUCAAUAACUCUAUUAUCAGAUCGUUUCCAAACUUGGUCAUGUUAAUGACCAAUUUAAAACCUCGGAAAAUUUUUAUAUGUAAUGAAUGUAUAUAAAUUAAGAUAAAAAACAUGCAUUUUACAACUAUGUAGAUAGGCUAUGUGAAUAAGAGUCCAGAAUAAGGUUCAGGCACUGAUGGGUUUUUGUUUGUAAUUUUUUUUCAUUUGUAUUAAAUU